UUCCAGUCUUAAGACGAACAAAUAAACAUCCAAACCCCAAAAUCACAACACAAAACCCACCACCGCUGCCGUGGCACCGCCACCAAAAAUGGCAUCAAACCACCACAUCAAAAAACCUCAGUCACAAUCCUCAUCAACAACCUACUUCUACACAUUCACCUCAAUCAUCAUUCUCACAACUCUCUUUCUCAUAACUUCACACUACCUCACUUCCACCUCGUCUCCUCCAAUUAUUCGUAUCGAACCGAUUAAUCAAUACGCUCCAACAACGUCAUCUCCACCGUGCGAUUACUCGGAAGGAAAGUGGUUUUAUGAUCCAACGGUUAGAUCUUACCGGUAUGAUGAAACAUGUAAGGAGAUAUAUAAAGGAUGGAAUUGUAUUUCUGGUAAUAGAUCUGGUGCUAAGGAAAUUCUUAAGUGGCGUUGGCAGCCUAAUCAUUGUGCUCUUCCGUCUUUCGAUCCGCGUCGGUUUCUCGAUUCUUAUCGAGAUAUUAGUAUCGGGUUUGUUGGUGACUCGUUAAAUAGAAACAUGUUUGUUUCUCUAUUCUGUUCCCUGAGACGUGUUGCUGGUGAUGUGAAGAAGUGGCGUCCUGCUGGAGCUGACCGUGGAUAUACUUUUCUGAAAUACAACCUCACAAUUGCAUAUCACCGAACUAAUUUGUUGGCACAUUAUGGUAGGUGGUCGGCCAAUCCCAAGGGCGGUGAGUUGGAAUCUCUUGGGUUUAAGGAGGGUUACAGAGUUGAUAUAGAUAUACCUGAAGGAACAUGGGCAGAGGCUCCAAGUUUUCAUGAUAUACUCAUCUAUAACACUGGCCACUGGUGGUGGGCCCCUUCCAAGUUUGAUCCUGUGAAAUCCCCUAUGCUUUUUCAUGAAAACGGUCAGCCACUAGUACCGCCUUUAUCUCCAGACAUUGGGCUUGAUAUGGUUUUAAGACGCAUGAUAUCAUAUGUGGAAGAAAAGGCAAGACCAGGGACAGUUCUAUUUUUUCGCACUCAAUCUCCUCGGCAUUUUGAAGGUGGUGACUGGUAUGAAGGUGGUUCCUGUGCACGUUCAGAGCCAUUAUCAACUGGGGAGGUUGAGCAGUUCUUCUCUGUGGAGAACAAUGGGACGAAUGUGGAAACACGCCUUGUGAAUGAACACCUAUAUGAAGCCAUUAAAGGCACUUCUUUUCGGUUACUGGAUGUCACAAGUAUGAGCGAGUAUAGAGCAGAUGCCCAUCCUUCUUCAGCUGGUGGAAAGAAACACGAUGAUUGUAUGCACUGGUGCUUACCUGGCAUUACAGAUACUUGGAAUGAUUUGUUCAUCGCACAUCUAAGUAGCAUUAAGGUACGAAACUGACAUGUUGAUUGUACAAUUGCAUUAUCUUAGCAGGAUAAAUUAGGAUCCCUUAGUAUUACUGUUAUUGAAUCGUAUAUUUUUCUUGUAACAUGCCCUAUAUUUGUUUUUCUUUUGUA